GAUUACUGUUUAUUAAGUUCUUCUAAUUACAUUUUUACAUAAAACAUAUUUUUGCUGAGUUGGCUUGCGAGACGCGCCGUCAGUCUGCCGUAACGUGGCGGCGCUGCGCUCGUGUGUGUGCAGCAGGAGUGGCUUCGAACUGUCAUUGUUCAUGUAGUUUUCUGUGAUAAGAUUUUUACUGUGAAAUUAUAGUUUAGCAAAUUAAUUUACAAGUUCACAAUGUCUGCAUCUGGCGAAUUCGGCAACCCAUUACGCAAGUUCAAGCUGGUUUUCCUCGGGGAACAAAGCGUGGGGAAGACUUCACUCAUCACUAGGUUCAUGUAUGAUAGCUUUGAUAACACUUACCAGGCAACAAUUGGUAUUGACUUCUUGUCGAAGACUAUGUACCUGGAAGACCGUACCGUGCGGCUGCAGCUUUGGGACACGGCCGGCCAGGAGCGGUUCCGCUCACUCAUCCCAUCGUACAUCAGAGACUCCACCGUUGCGGUUGUUGUGUAUGACAUUACAAAUGCAAACUCAUUCCACCAGACGUCGAAGUGGAUCGACGACGUGCGUACGGAGCGCGGCUCGGACGUGAUCAUCAUGCUGGUAGGCAACAAGACCGACCUGUCGGACAAGCGGCAGGUGUCCACCGAGGACGGCGACCGCAAGGCCAAGGAGCUCAACGUCAUGUUCAUCGAGACCAGCGCCAAGGCCGGCUACAACGUCAAACAGCUGUUCCGGCGAGUGGCGGCGGCGCUGCCCGGCAUGGACUCGGCGGAGAGCAAGCCUCCCGAAGACAUGCAUGAGGUGAUCCUGCGACAGGCGCCCGGAGACAGCAAGGAGCCCGACGGCGGCUGCGCCUGCUAGCCGGCCCCCGCCACCGCCACCGCCACCGCCGCCACCGAAACAACGCAGCGACACAUCCAAAAACUUAGAUCAAAACAUACAGGGGAGAUACGGCAUAAGCUUCUCGUUAUGCGACGCUCAAAUGACGUUCUAGGAUAUUUUGUUUUAAUUUUAAAAGGUAAACGAACAAUUAAAAAACAAAAUCAAAGUUCACGGGCAUCACUUUUCAUUAUUUAUAAAUACAAUAAAACUUGCAAUAUCCACUCACUGACACUGACAUUCGCCAUGUUGUCAGGGGCUUGUUAGCACAUGCCGGAUCUUCCCUUUGGUUAUAAUGUUUCUCCCCAACCGACAUUGUAAAUCGGAAUACGUAGGGCUUUUAAUUACGUUGCCGCGUUAUAUGGAAAAGCUCAAUUUGAUAACAAGCUUUAAUUAAAAGUCGUGAAAGUCGAAAUAGCCCUAGUGGCUAGUGUUGGUACGUAUAGAGUAGACAAACUACAUAUUCCGAUAAUAACCUCUGGCUGCUUAAAGCUGGAUAUAUUGAUUUUUAAACUCUUAGGCUGAGUUGCACCACCUAACUAUCUAAUAACGAUAACCGGUGCAAUUUGUAUUGAGUUUGACAGAUUUUUGAGUUUGUCAAAGUUAAACUAUGUUGGUGCAACCCAGCCUUAAAGUAUGUUAGCAACGAAGAAAAGGCUGUCGUACGUUUUGUGGCGUGGCCUGUACAUUAUUAUGUUCUAAUAUACAAAAUAAGUUAUUACGCCCGUUGAAGUGGUGGUGGUUCAGUAAAACUCGUUAGGAUACAACGACGUUGCGACAGAUCGCAAACCACAAAAGUCACCGCUAGGCUUUAUCGUAUCUUUGAUGCUGACAACUUUGAUAUAUUCAGAAAAGGGACAAUGAAAUCUUCUGGUU